AUGGACUGGCUGGCAGCAUUCACAGAGUACGAAGAGGAGAAUGAAUGGGGAUACGGCAGCUGGUUCCAGGUACCUUUGUUUAUGAUCAUCGCCAGCGUCCUGCUGUUGGGCUCCCUGGCGCUGACGCUCUUCUGGGUCAUCUACUACCAAGAUGGCUUCGCGUGGCGUGACGCGACACAGAAGCAGUUCAACCUGCAUCCGGUGCUCAUGGUGGCCGGCUUCAUCACUUUCAGCGGUUUCUCAAUUCUCUUGUAUCGCAUCUGUCGCUGGUCGCGGAUCUACGUGAAACUACUGCACACUGUGUUCCACGCCUACAUACCAUGCGUCGCAAUUGGCUUCCUGGCCGUGCUUCGGAUACACUUACAUAACCUCCAAACGACCGGAACCCAUUCCGAACUUUACUCGCUGCACAGCUGGAUCAGCCUGGUCACCAUGGGACUAUUCGUUUUAUAGUUUGUAGCCGGAUUCUUUAGUUUCCUGGUUCUGCUGUGCUGUGAGGGCGCCAACGCUGCAUUCCGCGCCGCCAUGGUACCAAUUCACGCGUCAUUUGGGUUGACUACCUUCUUCUUGGCCAUUGCUGCCUGCGUCACUGGUCUCACUGAGAAGGUGCUCUUUACGUUAGGGGAUAGCUAUUCGAAGUUCCCCGAGCAGGCAAUUGUGGUAAACGCCCUCGGGAUGUGUUUCAUCGCUUUGGGAAUCCUUGUUUCCUUCGCCAUUCGCAUUCCCAAUUUGGCUGGUGAUAGCCAGGUGUUCGUCCCAGGCGGGCCUACGACCUCCUAGGGAAUGGCCUGCGCCUCCAAGCAGACUCGGAUCAAGGAGGUGAGCGAGAAACCCAAAAAAGAGAAACCUGUGAAAGAGCCCAAACCAGCCAAGGAGCCCAAACCAGCAAAGGAACCCAAAGAACCCAAACCACCCAAAGAAGAAAAACCCAAAAAGGAAAAGUCCAAGGAUAAGGAAAAGAAAGAAAAGAAAAACAAGACCAAAGAUGGAGAACAAGCUCCGCCAGCUGAGGAACCUCCUAAGGAUGUCCCGCUUAUUGAAGAACCCAAGUCUGUGACGAGCGAGAAAAUGGCGCCGCUCGACGAAUCACUCGAACGCUAUUAGACGCAUACAAAAACUAUGCACACAUGAAAUAAACAACACGUACGUUCCAGUACAUUUUCAACUUUUACUCUUUAUACCAAAAACAAACCAAAAAAAAACGAGCAUUAAAACAUUACCAAUUAACAUAACCUAAUCUUAAAGUAUAGUAAAAAUAUGUAAGUGUGGUUGCAUACGCCCAGCGAGCGUGUUCAAUGUAAAUAGCAACCUGUGUGACGGCUUUCCGUUUUGUCCGUCUGAUACAUUCAAAAUGGCUGCUCAAAAAGAAUCGAUGUGAAAUCAAAAAAAAAAACAUAAUUAAGGUUGAAUAAUCAAAAAGAUUGUCCGAUAGUUUAAACUACAUAGUCACUGUCAACGUAAACAAUUCUCUAGUGCAAUCGAAUGCUUUAAAACUUAUCUAUUACGUGUGUUAUAUUGAUAAACAAGCAAUACGAGCAAGCGUCGUGAAAAUCCUUGGACGCUAGAUGGCGUUAGAUGAAGUUUUUGAAUGUCCCUUAGAUGUUGUCACUUCUAUCCUAACCUAUAACUUGACCCGUGUGUGUAGGCACACCACUUACAAGAUGGCGGCCGGAAAUCAGAUGUGAAGUGUAAAAUAAAUACAUAUAGUACAAUUUGUUUGAAAUAUGGACCAAGAACAUGAUGAAACAAAAUGAUGCGCAUACAUAAAAACACGAAUAUAAACAAGAAUAAUAUUUAAACAAAUGGAAAUAAAUGGAAACAAUUUUAUUGUACAAUUUUUCGAAUUUUAUCUUAUUGCUUGUUUAGGCGUAUUGUGCGCACAUGGCUGCGCACGAUGCGCAGGAGUUAGUUAUAUACCAACUAUUUAUAUUUAUAUUAUACAAAAAUAUAGUUUAUAUUACUCUUUACAAAUAAUGUAUAAACACACACACACACACACACACACACACACAUGAUGAAGACACAUAACACAUAACAACGGUCCAUUUUUUAAGUUUGUGUUGUCGUUGAGAGAGUGGCGCCACCUGUUGUUCGGUAGGCCACGAUUUUAGACUCUUUUCAUCUUUGUACAAGUAUUUAACGAUAUUGCGAUAUAUAUGUAAAACACGAGAAACAAACAUGGACGAAGUUAACUGUAGAAAUAUUUAUUAAUGUGAAUGCUAUAUUAGAUUAUUAUACAAUUUAACAACAAUAGUGUAUUUGCUAUCACGUAGCUAAACGGAGUUUUAGUCACGGGAUUGAUUAAUCAUUCGAGUGUUUAAUAACGUUUAGUCACGUGAUGCUUACGCUAUUUUUUCUACUUCCAUUUUAUUUCCACGAUGAGUUUUUCAUUUAAAGAAAUUGGAAAUUGGAAAUUCGUGACGCGUUGACACAAGCUGCAGCUGCGCAUGCGCAAACUCUACCCCAUGACUAAAACCCGUGACUAAAGUACUUUAGUCACGGUUUUGUCUGUCUGUGUUUAAAAUACCACUUUUUGUGUCUCCAAACCGUGGAAAACUGGAAGUAGAAAAACGUAAUUAAUUAAUAAUUAACAAUUUACCAUUUUAGACUCUGAAGUUUUGAGUGGAAAUUUGAAACAAAUUUAUUAUGUAAUGAUUUACGCUAUGAGACUGUUUGUUAGAUGAAAUCUGUUUAAAUUAAUGCGCAUUCAACGAAUUUGUUGAUUAAUUUGAUAAUUUAUUAAUGAUUAUAUACAUGACAGUUGCUAAGAAUAUUUACGGAUUAAAUUGACAAUUGAAUAAUUGAUAUUUACUAAUAUAAACAAAUAUUAAUGGUGAACCAAAUGCGCGUCCGUCGCGGCGCGUCUCAUGUUAAACAUGUAAAAUGUAAACAAUUAGUAGCGAGACAUGUGCAUAUUACCAUACAAUACAUUCGUAUUAAUAAUAAUAA